CGUCGUCGUCGUCGUCGUCGUCGUCGUCGUCGUCGUCGUCGUCGUCGUCGUCGUCGUCGUCGUCGUCGUCUUCUUCGCUGACAUCGUCCGCAUCAAAAAGCACAUUCGGAUCUCUCGGAGUAACACGGCCACUCUGCUUCGAAGUCCUGCCAGAAUUUACAUAUACGACAGCUUCUCGCCUGCUUGGAGAAGGUGCGACAGGCGCGGCAGACCUCUGGCCCGUCGACUGCGACACCGGACUCCUCCUCGCAAGUUCGGCUUCCUGUUCCGCAAUGAUGCGCUUGGAAUACGCCAUUGCGGCUUCCGGGUUGGUGGCGAGAUCGCCCAAGUCGUCGGCACCGGCAUCAUAGUCGUCGCCCUCGGCUUCGAACAGUAAGUCCAUGUUGCCGGCGAAUGGAUGCUGGCCGACCUUCUGCUUUGCAUUUUGCUUAGGCGGCGGUGGCUUCGGGGCUGUAGUUCUUUUGGGUGCGGCUUUGGGUGGAAAUGAUGCCUUUCGUGCAAGUUGAGCGGGUUUGGAUGGAACUGGGGAAGUUGGAACGUUCGGUUUGGAUACCGGAGCAGAAGAUGCCGGUGCAGAGGCAUCUUCGAAGUCGCCAAAAUCGUCGUCAUCCUCCGCCGGCUCCGGUGUCUGCGAAUGACUCGGUUGUGGCCAUGGAGAAGUCUGCUGGCCACCCACAGGAGCAUUUCCAAAAGUCCCUCCGACCGAAGGUGAGCUCUGCCGCGCACUAUGGUGUUGAUCGGGAGCGCUGUUUUCUCCAAGAAAGGACGAGAAUAGAUCCUGAGACAUAUUGCUGCUCUUGGCUGUUGCGGACGCUCACGCACAACCUGCGGAAGUCGCCCUCAUCCAGGAAGUAUUAUCGUGGACCAGAAUCAAAUCGUGAAGCGGGUUCUGCUACGAUCGCUCUACGUAGUACGUGCGUCAUUCGUAUUCCUGGAUGCAUGUCGCAGCGAGAUACCGUCAGCAGUUUGAAGGCGAAGUCGCAACACCACGACUUAUGGCACUCCCACGGGCUCGAGGCAGCAUGAACGACUUGCC